CGAGUCAGGAGAGCGACGCCGCUGCCAUAGUACCGUCGGAGUUUGUAAGCCUUUAGCGCUCCGUCACUGGCAAACGCUCUCGUUUUGUUUUUGUGGUUUUUUCUGAAAGAUAAAAUGACUGAUCCGGGAAUACGACAGAUCACGAUUAAGACCGGCAUCGUGAAACGGCUGAGGAAAGAAGAGGCCAUGUACAUAACAGAGGUGAAGGAGCAGGAGGAGAAGAUUGAGCGGCUGAAAGCACAGGCAGAAGACGUAUAUGUUAUCAAGAAGCAGAUUGAGGUGUUGCAGGAGUCCAAAAUGAUGAUCCCAGACACUCGCCGCCGUUUGGCCACGGCACAUGGGGACCUGGAGCAGACCCUGGAGUCGUACGAGAGUUUGGCCGAGACAGAGCAGUACAAAGAAGCCAGGCACAUAUUGGAGUCGCUGAAGCUUGACGCGGGAUGUUCUCCCUGAGAGGCGCCGCUCACACGUCCGUUCCUUUUCCGCACGCCCUGUUCGGCAGCCCAGAAGCAAACGCAGGCGUUCGAACCCUGUUGCGUGAUGUCGUUAUUGUUGCUGCACAAAUGAUAAAAGUGCCACUCCCAUGUUAACAUGCCUCCUCCCGUGUGUGUGUACAAUCUCACGAGCAUCCAAAUAAACACGGUCUUUAUUUCCUA